AAAUUGUUGUUUUCCCUUGGAGGCUCCUUUCUGUAUUAUGCUGACCACUUUAAACUGUACAGUGGCUUUUGUUGAAACCCAAACCACAUCAAAGUUCAGAAAGUUCUUGAGAGAGCCAAAACAGAUAGUGCCUUUAAGGCUUUUUUGGAUGCUCGAAAUCCCACAAAGCAACAUUCUUCUACACUGGAGUCCUAUCUCAUAAAGCCUGUGCAGAGGGUGCUGAAAUAUCCUCUGCUUUUAAAAGAGCUGGUGUCUCUGACAGACAAUGAGAGUGAGGAGCACUACCAUUUGACAGAAGCACUGAAGGCAAUGGAAAAAGUGGCAAGUCACAUCAAUGAGAUGCAGAAGAUAUAUGAAGAUUAUGGCACUGUAUUUGACCAGCUGGUUGCAGAUCAAAGUGGAACAGAGAAAGAGGUGACAGAGCUUUCAAUGGGAGAACUUCUGAUGCACUCUACAGUUUCCUGGCUGAAUCCUUUCCCAUCACUUGGCAAAGCAAGGAAAGACCUUGAACUUACAGUGUUUGUUUUUAAGAGGGCUGUAAUACUGGUGUAUAAGGAGAACUACAAACUGAAAAAGAAAAUGCCUACUAAUGUGCGUGCUGCACAUAAUUAUGGUGACUUGGAUCCAUUUAAAUUUCGUUGGCUGAUUCCUUUAUCUGCUCUUCAAGUUCGACUGGGGAACACAGCAGGAACAGAGAACAGCUGUAUCUGGGAACUGAUUCACACCAAGUCAGAACUAGAAGGCAGGCCAGAAACAAUUUUUCAGUUGUGCAGCAGUGAUUCUGAGAACAAGACUAACAUUGUGAAGGUGAUCCGUUCUAUUUUGCGGGAGAAUUUCAGACGUCACAUAAAAUGUGAGCUCCCACUGGAGAAAACAUCUAAGGAUCGCCUUGUCCCACUCAAGAAUCGUAUACCUGCAACAGCCAAACUGGCUUCCACCAGAUCCUUGAAGGUACUGAAGAAUUCACCAAGUAGUGAGUGGAAUGGUGACCCAAGGAAAGGCACCUUCCAGGACUCCGAUGAGUGCAGCCUGAGCAGCAGUACUCAGAGCAGCAGCUGCCACACUUCAGAGAGUGUACAGGAGCCCAAAAAUUCAUCUCCUGAUAAACACGGAGAGCGCUGUGCAUCUGACUUUUCUAAUGUUCUUGUCAAAGAAUCUGAUAUUCUCAGUGAUGAUGAUGACGAGGACUAUCGGAGCCUAAAGAAGGGCAGCCCCACAAAAGACAUUGAAAUCCAGUUCCAGCGGCUGAAGAUUUCAGAGGAACCCAGUAUUGACUCUGAACGGGAUCAGGCUGCUGAAAAUGAGGAAGGAGAUGGCUUUGGGAUAGGACAGCAUCCAAAGCUUGUGCGUGGCCAUUUCUGCCCAGUGAAGAGAAAAGCUAACAGCACAAAGCGUAAUAGAGGAACUUUAAUGGCAAUGCAAGAACGUCACCAGUCCCUUGACAGUCACUCUGAUGCUGCAAACCUGGAUCUGAACUCUGUUUUAGAGAGAGAAUUUAGUGUCCAGAGUUUAACAUCGGUAGUUAAUGAGGACUGUUUUUAUGAAGCUGUGGAGAGGCAUGGAAAAUCCUAGCUUUCUAAGCACUAGAUUUAAAACAUUCAUUUGAAGUCCACAUAAAAUUCAACAAAUAUUUUGCUUUAAAACUAGUAAAUUCAUGGAAGCUGCAAGAAAAUUACUAUUCGAUUUUGUGCACUAAUACAUUUUUCCACAGAAACAGCUGUAAAGGAUUCUUAAGUUAUUUUAAUUUAUUGUGGAUCAAAAAUAGAUUAAGUUGGCCAAGGUCUGUAAAUUAGCUCAUCCCUUUCAAGCAGUUAUUAAGAUGAUGUAGUGUUCUUGGGGAGGGGAAGGAUGGCCUCGUUAGUGUUUUAAGUAAUGUGGAAAAGGUGCUAGUGAGUGGCAGAGGAGUUUACAAUGGAAAGUAGCAUUGCGAAAUGAAUUUUUAAAUACCUUGGGCAUUUUAUUACUUUGGUUUUCAUGUUUGCUUUAUUUAAAGCAGAACUAAGUUAUUUUAAUGUGUUUUAGUGCACAACAGUGCAGAAGUUUCCUUUUUGUAUGUUUCAAUGCUGUUUAUACUUUAUACAUAUGUGUAAAUAUAAAAACAAAGCUUGGCCUGUAAUCUUUUAUUUGGCUGUAUUUUUUAUUUUCUCUACACCAGCCUGUACAGUAAAAGACAAAUAAGUAAUUGUACUUAGCCAUGUUUUCUACUUUUUAUUGUGCUGCUUUUCUCUAGUUGGAGCUUUAAAUCCCAAAUUCUUUUCUUCUGCUCAAAUGAGAAGAGUAUUAGCAGAC